CCUUUUUCUUCAGUUUUGGGUGCUGUGUCGUGGUCCGGCACGGUAGGUGGCAGAGGUUUGAUUUGCUACCAAGAAAAACUUUAUCGUGUGGAGAAUGAUUUUCGUUCUGCGAAAUGAUCAAAGUCAAACAGAGAGCUGUCAUCUGCGUAGGGUGGUUCGUACUUACUCUUAUUGUAGAACGAAGUUGCACCUGCGUUUAGCUAGCCCCUGGCGCACAAAAGCAAAAGUAGGUUUUCAUCGAACCGACCAGGUAUAUAAAAAUGGCGUAUUUACUACUGCGGCUUGUCGCCCUCCAAGCCGCGAGUUACGCGCGUGCUGCCCCAGCCUGCGGCUCGCGCGCCUUCGACCUGGGGACGGGAGGGUCUCCGUUUCUCCGCGAGUGGGCCAAUCUGGACGUGGGCGAGCUUGCGUUCAGCUACUACAAGGAACACGACAACCACUACCACAUUUCCUGCUACGAGGUCGGGCCGACUCCCCAGGCGUUCGCCGCGGCGGACAACGGUACGGUGAUUCCGCUGAAGUCGAGGGUGACGGCCGAGCUGUACCGGCACGCCUUCGGUAUUGCGACGAAAUCGCUCACCGGCACCUACCCGUUGGCGAGCCAAGACUCCUUCGGGCAGAUCAACUUGUUGGUGAAGGAAGUGAACGGCGUCACCAUCGGCGUCGACAGUGCGGCGACCAUCAAUCCCAUGGCGGGUUCUGUUGACUGCGAAACCGAGGCGACGCGCGGGGUUUUUGGACAUACCGCAAAGUUCUUGACCACCUCCACCGUGUCGUCCGACCUGUCGAUGAAAACGUAUCUCUUCCGCAACGCCGCCGCUUUUGCCGCCGCCCGGAGCGAAAUUCGCUACACCAUGGACGUCGGAGGCAGCGACGUGGGCAAGUGCGCGUUGGAGAUCGAAUUCGGUGUGAAGCCCAAGGCGGGGACGGGCGGCGUUACCCUUGAGGUGCAAAUCCGCCAGCACGCCUACGUGAACGAAACCGGUCUGAAUUCGCAGAUGUCCACGCAGAACAACACCAACGACUGGAGUUUUCUUCUGCCCAAGGACCAACUUCUGCAAGCCACGGGCGCCAGCGCUUCGGAGAUCGCCGCGGCCGUCGGCCAAAGCGUCACGCUGAUGGCCGUCGCGAAGAAAUUUGUGUGUGGAAGCACGGGCGCGCACGUGGAAGCGAGCUUUGUCAUCAUUGACCGGACCAUGACCAUCACAUUAACGCCGGCGCAGGCGCCGGUGAGCUGCGGGACCAUGUACUGGGAUCCGCUGGUCAAACCUAACGGUUGCCCAGACGGCGCGGGCUGCGAACGCACGUUUACGACACCCGCGGAAACAAGCUCCGCGGUUUCCUCGUUUUCGUUGCAAACGGCGUUUUCCACCCUCAUGCUAGCGGCGAUCGUGCGGCUCUCCUUGUCGUCCUUUGCUGGAGCACGAGCUGUUUGGUGAUCUAGUUUUUGCAAGCGGCACUGCGACCGAGCUGUGCAUCAACAGAGGAGCAGCAGAGGGGGAGCAAAUUUUUUGCGAAGAUCCAAAAAUGGAAAAAGAACAAGAGCCUUUCACUGUGCAGCAAAGGCUGUACGAUGUUCUUGUCUUUCUUUUGCGACUUCCAGUUCCAGUCAGAAGAAGAAGUAGCAGGGACUUCCAUUUUGUAUACAAAAUUUCGUUUAUUCUGGUGUGAGAUAGUCAUAGUAGGACCACAAGCACAAACGCGAAAAUCAGGAUCGCGACUUGCCUUUAUUCUGGUGUGAGAUACAAAUCGAUGCCGAUGGUUUCAAAUACUGUAUAAAAUGAUUUUUUUUGCUUCAUUUUAUGAUUUUCUUUUCCUUUUGCUAAUGCUAGCAGAGGCAAAGCCUUCGCUUGAAUUUAUUGGAAGCGUUCCAUUCGCGAGGAAAUAAGCGAGCGCUUCGGGUUUUUCUGAAUUUCGAAGAGAAUCAGGAUGAUGAUGAUGAUGAUGAUCGUGAACAAAAUCAUUUUGCUAGUCUGCAUGAGCAAUCUCGAUAGAUGAGCGACAAGGUCUACGAUGUGGACUGUCUUAGAUUCAAAACUACCACUCCUUGCGAUUGCGCAGCGCUAUCACUGGGAAAGAAUUUCUGCAGGAGCUGAACUUUGAGACGGGACAAAAGCGAGACGUUUUGUGUGUGGGAUCGCAGGUCCUGCUUCGAAAUUUGGGACCUUCGAAGCGACGAAAGCUUUGGUGCAAUCAAAGCAAAUGAAUCUUCUCAUUAGGCCACCGCGGCAAAAAAACGUGAC